UCUCUUAUUUGUUUUUGGUAUGAUAAUACUUCUAUUCCUAGUAACACUAUCUGAUGCUAAGAAUUUUUCUUUGAGAUUAUAGUAGUGUAGUUUUAGAGCUUCGAAAGCAAACAGUUGUCCUAUAUUUAAUGGAUUGUCUUGUAAUAAAAAGUUAUUUUUAUUGAUGAUUUUUAAAAUUUUAUAUAUGCACCGCCCCAAGCGAUGGUUCCAUAGGUUAUAAUGCUAUGAAAAAAUACGUAGUAUAGCAUUCUGAGUGUCUCUAUGGGAUUACUAUCAAAAACAACUCCUAAAUAUUUAAAGUUUUCAACCCUAGUUAUACUUUUAUCAAGAAUUUUGGCAUUUAUCUGGUACGCUUUCAAUACUACUUCCAAAAGUCAUGCACACUGUUUUUUCUACAUGUAAGGACAACUUGUUUACUGCCAGCCACACGUCGUGUUUGUGAUGAUCCAUGCGAGUGCUUGCGUCGAGUCUUGGUAGGUGUUCGGCGCCUAAGUAUUAGACACAUUAAUUUUGUCGAGAGGUACACUAGCGGUAGCGCGAAGGUUCUUUGAUAUACGCACGAUCAUGCACAAUCACGCACAAUAGACGAAUUCGCGAGAGUUUGUGCGCACCACGCAGCUCCGAAACACUACUGUUUUAGGCUAUGUUCUCUCUCCUCUUAAACAAACACUGAUGCACGUUUGUAAACGAUGCAAGAAAAACUAGAUAAAGACAACUAGACAACUUCUAGCUUGAAAAAUCUAGUCCUCUUUCCUGAGAAUCUUUGUGUAGAUAGAUGCUUACUCCGUACGUUCGGCUCUCUGUAACUGCGAUUCGUUUCGUAAAAGGCAGUGACGCUUAGCGGACACCUCUCUCUCUCUUUUACUAUUACAGUUGCACAUAAUUAAUAUGUACUGGAGACAUUCGCGGCGUAGUAUAGUAUAUUGCACUGAUUGCUGAAGAUAAACUUAUGUAACCUAUUAUUUUAUCACAUAUUCUUGUAUAGUUGUACUUAAUCAAUUUGCAAUAAUUUCUUAAAAUUUUGGCCAUGCAAUUCUCAUCUUUUUAAAUACAAUCAUAAUUAUUUUGCUAAAAGAGAAAUUUUUGAUGCAAAAUAUUAUGAUCAUUAGAAAGUUCUCAUUAAAAUCUUUAAGAUACAUUACUCAACAUAAGCAUCUAAGCUAUAUCAGACAUGAAAUCAUUGAAGACAAUAAAACGCAUUGAGGUUAAAAGCAAAUUCAAAGUAUAAGAGAGUCGCGCUGCUCCCCGACAACACAGUGUAUAAAAACGUAUGAUUGCCAUCGGGGUUGCGGGGUGCCUGCAGGAAGGCUUUUGGCAAUACCUGCGGUUUAGAACCGGAUAAAGUGAGAUGGCUAUAUGACGCAAUCAUAAAACCAAGACUCACCCAUGGGGCACUGGUAUGGGGCCACAAGUGUGAGUUGAUAACUCACACAAGGGCACUAGACAGGGUGUAAAGAUUGGCCAUGGGAGGAAUCAGGGGAUCCAUGCGAACAACUCCUACGGUCGCUAUGGAAAGACUGUUGGAACUCCCUCCACUAGGCAACGUAAUAAGGGCAAAUGCGUGCAGGACGUUCUGCAGAAUAGCGGAAUCAACGAACUGUUCGGAUUUCAAGUAUGCGGCACUUCUGGAAUAAGUAAUGCCGCUAAUGGAAGGAAGAGUAUUGGAUUUUCAAACUGCUAAAACGAAGAGGCUACUACUCAUCGCCGCGUUAAAAGCCGAGAAAAAUAUACCAAGCGAAGUAAAUACUUCUAACGCUAGAGCGUUAGAAGAAAAUGUUACACUAACUAGCAGUGAAGUCAUACAAGACAAAAAUACAAAACUAAGUGUAGCAAAUACUGCUAACGUUAAAGCGUUAGAUGGGAAUACUGCAGCAUCUACCAGUGAAGGGAACGAGCCGCAAAAUCAUUAGAGAAAAAGAAUGAUUAAUAUAAAAAGAGACUUUUUACUGGGAAAUGACCUUCAAAUCCCAAUGAAAAAAUUUAAACCAACAGUUCCGGGGCACGGUCCUGGAGAAUGUAUUUGUGUAAUCCCCUCCUCUGGUGAGGAAGAUACGCUCGACACAUCGGUUAUGCCCUGCCCACAACAGCAGCAGCAGCUACAGGAGACUACACCUACGGUAGCGCAGGGUGAUGAUGUGCCUGCUUCACAGUUCGAAGAGGGCCAACGGUUCGAAACAUCAGAACCGACUCUUCAAUAUGAAGUGGCAUUUGAUGCAGAUAACGAACCAUUUCACCGCUUUCCGAAUACAGGUGCAUUUAACACUCGAAGCUGAAAAUUAUUUAAAAAACAUUUCACAAAGAGAGCCAUGAAUUGAUUAUUGCUUGUAAAAAACAAUUGUAUCCAGUGAUCAUAUUUUUGUUUAAUAUAAAAUAAAUAUGAAAUAUACAA